AUGCUCUCCAAAAUCACCGCCCUCGCUCUUCUCGCCACCAGCGCAUCCGCAGCAACCCUUCCCCGUACCGCAGACUGGACCUGGGACGUCACCGACUUCAGCAGCGUCUGCACCGCAUCCGCAUGCCGCUACUCCUUUAACGUCUCCGCACCCACCGGUCCCUCCGGUCAGCCAGCCUUCGACGCCGAAUUCUGCUCUGGCACAAGUCUCCAGGGCGGCUACAAGUCCUGCGGUGUAGUUGGCAUUGACUUACCGGGCGAUGUGCAGACGCAGGAGUUCAACCGCGGGAGUGAUGUCGGUGCGACUGUUAGUGUGCAGUACACGUUUGUGCAGUGA